AUGCGAAAUCCAAGAGGCAAACAUGCUAAUGAAAUCAUUUCGCCUUACCUCCAAAAAAAGGCUCUUGAAUUUAUUACAGAGUAUCCAAAAAAUCAAGCUAAAAAAUUAAAGGCUGAAAAUAUCGAGUUAAAGUCAGUAAAUAGAAGGUUAAUGCAAAAUAAUAAAAAACUAACACACAAAAUCCAGUCAAUAGUACCAAGCGAAUGUGAAAUAGAAUUUGCAGAACAAUUGAGUAAUGAUUUGGAAAUAUCCAAUAAUACGUUCGGUCUUCGGGAAGAACUACAAAAUAAUCUAGAAUUUAAAAAUGAGUUUUUAGAAUUUUAUAUAGACCUAGAAAAUAUUACUUUGAGACUCAAAGAAACUCGUGAAAAACGUCAAAAACAGUUACCCAUAAUUUCAGAAAGCGAGCAAAAAAUAUUUGGGAAAGAAGUCGCAACAAAAAUAUUUUUUGAUUUGUGUCAAAAUUAG